GGUCAAGCAAAAAAAAAGGAAAAUAUGCCGCUACGGACAUAUACAUAGGAGCGGACUUUAAGGUCAAUCCUGAACCAUUGCAUUUUUUUUUUUUUUUUUCCCGUUGAACUCUCACGCUCUCUCACUGUGUCAUUCUCUGCCUUGUCUCGAUCCCACGCUCUCUUUUUUUUUUUUUUUUAAAAAAAAGAGAUCUGACCGUUCGUCUCUGCUAUCUCUAUCACUACUAUCUCUUUUCUCUCUUCUCUUUUCAAUUCUCCUAUUAUUUUAAGCUGCAUCCCGUUCGUUAUUUUAAAGUCCAUCGAGGGGCAUUUCUCUGUCAUUCAAUCCGCACGACAAUACAUUCCUCUCUCCCUCUUCGCCUUUUUUUGCCCGACUGCAGCCCGCAGGACUAACUCACAAUCCCUGCUCUUACUUUUUCCUAUUCCUGUUCAAUUCCUGUCCCAUCCCUUCACGCCCCCGGUUCUCUCACCCUUCGAGCCCGUCUUCGCGGUCUUGAACCGCCGUGGAUCCAAAUUGAUCUUCCCUAGCUCCGCCCACACCCCGGCUGGGCCAAAGGAUACUACCGGGGCAUUUUCCUUUUGGCUUGUGAGGUCGAACGUGUUGCCCUUGUUCCUGGUUGCCCCGAAUCUGCGCCCCUCACAGAUUCCAGUUCCCCUGCACCAGUUAUUAGGAUCGUGCUACCAUGUCGUUCCUAAACGUCGACACCGCAUAUGGUUCCCCCCGGCCCAACACCGCCUCGUCGCAGAUUCUCCUUUCCUCCUCGCUCUAUAAUGACCAGGUCUGUCGACAACUCCCUCCUAUGUCAUCAUCCUCCACCUUGCCAGACACUUCUGCAGGUAUCCGACUACGCUCCAGGGCUCAUAGCCCAAAGCGGCUUUCCGUCUUCAAAAACCGCUCUCGCAGCAAUACCACCAAUUCAACCUCCUCCUCAUACCAGUCUCCUGCUUCAUCAAUGACUUCAAUUGAUGCCUCAUCGCGAAGAUCUUCUCAAGACGGACGCACCCUCUCCUCUUUCUUUUUACCUGGCGAGAAAGAAGGCCUCGCGAGGUCAUUGAUUUCGCGUGGUAGCCGUAUCUUGAAGCGUCAAGGAAGCAAAACUAGCCUUUUGGCUCAACAGACAAUUGAACCGGAGGAAGACAUGGUCAGGAUCAGAGGCCGAGAGAGAAGCAAAGACAGACUUGCGAGAGAAAGGGAAAGGCUGGAUGGAUUGGGUCUCUUCUAUCGGAGUCACCGGACCCGACACAGCGACAUGCAUGAAUUCCUGAAAAGAAAUAUCUCUGAACCAUUUGACUUCCAACACGUCACGCAUACCCACCAGAGCCAGCUGCCUCCCAUCGAGUAUACCCAUCCACAUGAUCUGGCUACCGAGUUCUCCAUUAUUAGGGCUUCCCAGCGGCCAAAAACAGAGCUCAAAGGGAUCAGAGCGGAAAGCCUCUUCUAUCGAAACCUUUCUUCAGAAGACCUGUCAACAUCCAACCUUUCCACAUUGGCCCCUGACUCGCAAUCUUUAUAUACUCGAAGCCCUCCUCAUUCACCAGUUCGAUCAGAGACGCCAAGGUCACCGAACAGUCUGAGCAACAAGCGAGCUUCUCGCUCCGUUGAAAAUUUCUCCCGUCCAGUUUCACGAGUGAACAAACCAACCCCGGCACCUUGCAUCAUUCCGCCACCUCGUCACUCGUCGAAAACUGCAUGCUCCCACCGGGCCGAUCCAACUUCGCAGACUAUCGAUGCAUUGUUAGGGCACGAUUCUCCGCCCCCAGUCGCCGAACAACCAUCGCAAGAUUACUGGACGUCAACGGAAACACAGGGCUCUUACCAUGACGCAAUGGAGCAUUUCCCCGACGACGUCGUCCACGCAUUCACCACGGACGAUUACUCCCCAAAGAUGCUCAGAGCAUCGCCGGUCGACCAUGUGUCCGGGCUUGCAAACAUCCCGGAAGAAAACGAGCCGUCUUGGCGCAACAGCCACGCGGGUGCUCAGAUGGUGGGUCAUGUCACCGGACUCGCUGCUGCUCCCGAGCACUUCGGCGAGCAUCUCCAUGCGCCCUUCAUCGACCGGUCGCCCGGCCCAGAAGACGUGCACUCGCCGAUACUUGGACUGUUGGAGGAUGCAUGUGAAGAACCGUCCGUCACUGACGACAAAGCAUGCAUCCCGCAUCCCUCCGUGAAGGUGCAUCACCCCUUGGAAGACUCUUGGGAGGACGACAUUGACUACUGCUAUGAGCAUGCAGCCGAGUCCAAUUCGAACUUUGACUGGCAGCGAGUGUCUCUCGAAGAAGUACGUGAGAAUCUGGCUGCGGCGUCUCUUAGAGACAAUCCUGUGGCAGCUCGUAACCAGGAAAGCCCGCAGAAGCCCAACUUCAUCCCGAGACUCGAGCCAUCAAAAGACUCCAAAUCCGCCCCAACCACGCCAGAGCCACAGGCCGCGUUUUCUUUCCCACGACCUGGCAGUGUCAGCCCAGCUGGGUCGGCUCACUCUUAUGACUAUUUCACCAGCCCUGGGAAAAAAAUAGGCAAAUACAGGCCUGAACUUUUUCAAGUCGUAGGACAGCCUCUCGAGGGUCGGUUGUCGCCGCUGCCAAUUUACGGUGGAGUGAUGCCCGAUAUCCAAGAGAGCGACGAGGAAGUCAUUUACGCUCAGCCAGACGAUCAAGCGACAUCCGUUCGCAGCAGUUGCUCACCUCUUAGCAAGUGCAACUCUCAGGAGAGCAUGAUUUUAUCCCGUGCUGCAUCAAUUGCUAGAAAGCACCGCUCAUCUACAUCGACUAAUAGUGUGCCGGAUUUGGUUCAUAGUCCAGGUGGCAGUCGUGAUGCUGCUAGUCGCGAGAGCACAAGCCCCUUGGUUGAACAAGCUAAAUCCUUUGUAUCGCGCUCGCCCGCAUUGACUCUCCACGCUCGACCUAAUAAUACCCUGUCUCUGGAGGCCAAUACCGCGACGUCGCCUUCAGAAAGCACGCCAGUUGCCGAGAAACCUUCCGUCCCUGCAGCUCCUUUCCAUGACCGAGCCAAGUCUGAAUCGAUUCUGGAUACCUUUGACAUGGGAGCAUCUAUCAAAAAUGCAGGUGCUGCUGCGAGAAAGCGCUCGUCCACUUUUACUCGUGGGAUCAAUCAUCGCAAGACACGGACUUCGUACUCUUUGUUCCCAUCGGCAGCACCGCCAACUCCCAAACAGAACUCUUUCCCGAUGCAUUUCGAAGCGCACUAAGUGGAUCCAGAACCAACGGAGGAGCUAUCCAAGUAUCAAAGACUGGAUCACAUUUGCUUGUUUUUGCGUGUUUGGCUGUUUCUGUUUUCCAUCCAUUCACGUUUCUCUUUUUCCUUCUUUUCAUUUCAUUUGACAUGACCCAAUUUUUCGAUAGACAUGCCCAUGGAGGCAUUUCCCUACCCCCUCACCCCCCAAGUUUUGCAUGCUGUACGACUUGAUGAUCCACAUAGUUUGAAACAUCUUCGCCUGACCUUCUGGUAAUGUCUUUGCUUAUUGUUUAUUUCUAUUUUCUCUGGCUAUCCUUCCGAUCUCCGGAAAGAGAAAAGGCUCAAUCACCUGUACUUCACGGCUGCGCUUCGAAAGAGUAGCCCCUGAUAUUCUGCAUCCACACAAUUUUACUUUGUACCAAAACCAUCUAGACGGUGCUUUCUGCCCUCCUGCGAGGUGCACCAAACGUUCACACGAUUUUCCUUUCGUUUCUGUUUCAUUUUUUUUUCUUUCUCUCUUUUUAUUUGAUUUUUCCAAUGUGGAUCUUGUCGAGGCAUUUUCCCAUUUUACUCUCGUUUACAUAUUUUCCCGCUUGCAUUGUUGGGCUCUUGAAAAUAUAUAUAGACACUGGCUGGUUUUGGAAGCGCUUUUGUUUGGACUUUUGGUGUCUAUAUUUUGCAUUUGUUUCUUGUCUAUCGCUUGCAUAUGUCCUUGCCCCUUUUUUUUUACCCCUUCUCACUGCAUUAAUUGGUCACACUCGUUUUAGGAGGACAGGUGUCAGGGUCUUUAGCUGCGGAGGGAGGUGUGUGGUGGUCAUAAAAAUUGGAAGGGGGAGGUACUUUGUGGAGACUUUUUCGUGCAUUCGGGUGAGGUGGGCUGGAGGAUGGAGCUGGGGUGAUAAAUAGCCAAUUUGAAUUAAUCAGUUUGGCUUCGCAGUCUUCGUCUCUUCAAUCUUCAUGGAACAUCCAUCAGCACCGUUAUUUCAUAACGAGGUGUUGACUGUCGCCCGUAACUAGUUAACGUAAUCCACAACCGAGCGGGACAACCAAGCGAGCGGGACACCAAAAUACACAUACAAAUGUC